AUGAUCAUGCACAACAUGUUGAUCGAAUCCCGCAUUCACUAUAGCACUACACACAAAGGUCGACACUUGAUUUAUCCAAGUUUAAGCGUCCUACAGUUUUCUAUGGCCACCGCAACAUCAGGUGACUUUUUCAUCCCUAAAAAGAAGUAUGCGGUACGACGUUUGGGUAUCAAUGUUGGGUUCCAGGCUAACUAUGGCCUUCCGUACCGAUUACAAGAUUUCUACAAAUUUCCAACAUGGGCCCGAGCACUGGUCGAUGUGGUAAAGGGAAGAUACUUACCAACCGAAGUAAUCACCGCAAGAGCUGUUCGUAAGCGAAGCGCUCUUCGGCCGUUGAGCGCUGGUGAUAUCUACACAGCAUUGGAGGAAAUUUUGGUGUUUUCAGGAUAUGAUAAAGAUUGUGUUCUCAAAAGCGUUUGUGAGCUGUCACACAGCCCAUUUCACGAUUUAGAAGAGGAUUUGUACGCUGAAAUCGUACAUUUUUUCCUAACACCAUCGGAACACCAAGCUUUCGAUGUAUCCGAGCGGAAAAUAAAAAGAAAAUAUGAAUUGGCGGAACGCUUCGGGAAAAUGGGUGCGGACUGCACUAUGAUUCACCGCCGCGGUGACACAUCAGCAUCGGAUGUGAUCAUCGAGCGCAGGUUGCAGCAGAUCAACGGUGUCAGUAGCGGCGAAUCAUCAAACGGCGGUCGCACCGGCAGCAGCACUUAA